GUUGGGCACCUUGGGGGCGUUAACGGUUUAGUUGUCCCUCUUCAUCUGAACCUUUUGAAAGGUAAGAGGGAGUGGAAAGAGGCAAAAGAAGCAUUGACUUUUUCUGACUUGAGGAUCGCGGUGGUCCUUCUCAUGUACCUUACCUUACCUGAGUAGGUACUCGAUUGAGAAGUUGAGAAGGAGGGUUCCUUCCUUGGCUUUCCAACAUUUACAUACAGGCCAACUUUACCUUCGUCCUCCUUCCAAUCUUUUCUCCAGCUUUCCUCCCGCCAAACUCCUUCCUUACUCGUGACCCACGGCAAACUACCUACCUUACCUUAGUAUACAUACGGCCACGCAAAUAGGGUACCGAGCAUACUAACACCCAUUCAUUCGACUCUUGGGUCUUCUUGUCUUGAACAACCCAGGUUCAAAGUUCUUCCUAACGCCACGACGUAACAAUCACUGCCACCAACCGCUGUUAUCUCUGUCGUUCCGCCCUCCUAUCCACUUGGACGUGGAGACUGGAGCCAGACAGGAUAGAAAAAACCCAGUCGGACCUCAGCAGACACUCGCGACAAGACCCAACCUACGCUUCCGACAACCCACUUGCACUAGCAACCCAUCUCAUCUCCCGCAACGACUCCACUUGGGGCCGGCCUUAGUAGGGGUGCCUUGGUUUUGCUUUGCAGCCUUUGCUUGCUUUGGGCUUGGGGUGCGUAAGAGGAAUAAGGCACAUUUGCCUUUUAUCGAUACACGGUCUUUUCGACCUGCUACUACCUUACACUACUAAAUCCCGUACGUACUCAGUAAGGUGCCGCGCUCACGCCGUGUGCGACUACUCCGUCCCGACCAGGUUUAUAUACCACCUCCAAGGCUCAAAACGCCCGCGCGAGCAAUAGCCCAGUCGCGACCGUCUACCCUGCCCAAAGAGUCGACUACAGAUUUUUCUUUCUUCCCUCUCCCUCCUCUUCUCUCUCUCUCUCUCUCUCUCUUCCUCUGUUCCUGUCGCGACCGUUCUGCAUUCGAUUCGUCGUUGUAGAAAAAGAACGCCGUGGGCACGACUUUAACCAACCUUUGUUGUUGCUGGAAUCCACGAGCUUUUCCCCAUGCCCUCGAGAAACCCGUCCACCUGGGACGAAUACGAACGGGGCGCCUCCCCCCAGCGCUCCGUGAGUAUCGACUCCAAUGCCGUAGCUGAGGACCAGUCGCUCCUGGGAGAAGAUGACGACGGUGACUACGGCAGCAGUUCUCACGGACUUCGUCGCAGAAGAUCUUCAGUAACGCGGCACCUUGCCGCCAUCACAGAUAUCGGCGGCGUCAACAGUAUCCGCUCCUUCACCCGCAGUUGGGCGCGUGCCGCAGGCUUUGCCGAAGUCAUUCCCCAACGGCCGUCCUUUGUUUUCGCGCCUGACCAGGUCCCGAUUGCCUCGUCGUCCACCGAUGGCCUCGAUUACUCUCGCAGCCAUGUCGAGUCCGGUUCCCACCCGAGGACCUCACUGCUGAGGCAGCACCUCGAGGCCACCCCCGAGACGGCACCGAGCGCAUCGUAUCAGAAUGGUUCUUCCGCUUCUGGCGCAGACGACAGCGCUGUGCAGACCGAUUUCCGCGACCGCGAGCGCAAGGCAGUCGAGGCGGAGCUGUCUGGAGCUUUCCGUGGUUCUAGCUUUGGGAGUGGUCGCCGACCGUCACAGUCCAUCUUCGCGGUCCCGCCUCACCUGGCGACCCCGCCCCUGGUUGGAAGUUUCAGCUCGUACAGGACGUAUGGAACGAUUGCAGAUGUCGAUGAGCCAUCAAUGGCCCAGGCCGGUGAGCUCUGGCGCCAACAGCAAGAGGCAGGGGGCAAUGUGCCUGAUGGAGAGAACAUGCCCAUUCUCGUGAAGGAGGUCGAACAAGACGGAAAGAUUAUCCUGACUGUGGAGGGACAGUCCACGCUACCCCAGACCAUCUUCAACUCGAUCAACGUCCUAAUCGGCGUUGGUCUGUUGAGUUUACCUAUGGGCAUCAAGUACGCCGGUUGGAUUUGCGGCAUGAUCGUCUUGGCAGGCUCUGCGGCGGUGACAGCGUACACGGCCAGGCUUCUGGCAAAGUGCAUGGAUCUCGACGCCAGUUUGAUUACAUUCUCCGACCUGGCCUACAUCUCUUACGGUCGUAACGCGCGUAUUGCCACCAGUAUUCUCUUCACCCUCGAAUUGCUGGCUGCCUGCGUCGCCUUGAUCGUCCUGUUUGCCGAUUCUUUGACGCUCUUGUUCCCGGGUUUCCUGAGCGUCAACAUGUGGAAGCUCUUGUGUUCGAUUAUCAUGAUCCCCCUCAACUUCCUCCCGCUGCGCCUCCUGAGUUUUACCAGCGUUAUUGGUAUUGUGUGUUGUUUCAGCAUCGUCUUGAUUUUGGUGGUUGAUGGACUAAUCAAGCCCACGACUCCGGGCUCUCUCAUCGAGCCGGCCACGACCUACCUGUUCCCUGCGAACUGGGGUACACUGCCCCUGAGUUUUGGCCUGUUGAUGAGCCCGUGGGGUGGCCAUAGUGUAUUCCCCAAUAUUUACAGAGACAUGCGCCACCCUCACAAGUACCCGAGGGCCGUCAAGACGGUCUUCACAUCUGUCUACCUCUUGGACGCUUUCACAGCCGUUGUCGGUCUCCUGAUGUACGGCGACGGUGUCAUGGAUGAGAUCACGGCCAACAUCCUCCAGACGAGCGGCUACCCCCGUGCCCUUAACUUCCUGCUCUGCAUCUUCAUCGCCAUCAUUCCCCUGACCAAGAUUCCGCUCAACGCUCGACCCAUUGUUGCCACGCUGGAAGUUUUGACCGGUAUUCACCAGCAAGCUGUUGCCGACAGCUCGGCCAUGGUUGGGCGCUCUGCCACCUUUCGCGGUAUCAUGAAGGUUGUCAUCCGUGUCGUCACGGUGUUGGUCUUCCUCGUCAUUUCUAUACUUUUCCCGGCGUUCGAUAGCAUCAUGGCCUUUAUGGGAAGUGCCUUGUGCUUCACGAUUUGUGUGCUUUUACCUUUGGCGUUCUACGUAAAGCUCUUUAGCAAAGAGAUCUCCCCCCAGGAGAGACUGCUUUGCUACGUCUUGAUGACCAUCUCCACGAUUCUCUCCGUUGUGGGCACAGUCUGGGCCUUCUUGCCGAAGAGCCUCAUUGGUGCAGAGUGAGGGUGGUCAGUCACUGUUUUGGUAUAGCUUCUGGCAUCAAACGGCGUCCGCAUAUUGCGAUCAAUUUGGCUCUCAUUGCACGGCGCUGGUGACAUCUGAUUUUGGGUGCCUGGUGUGGAAUAAUGCUUGCUUGGCUAGUAAAUAGUCGUAUAUAUGAUGUGUUGAUAGUAUGUAUUGAUGAGCUGCAUGUCUGUG